AUGAGUGCUUCGAUUCCGAGGCUCACCGCUUCCGUACGCGCCUCCGCCCGAGGCUUUGCUUCGACGGCCAACCAGCUUGCAGAGGGAGCUUCUAGCGCACCGGCACCUCGACCACGCUCCAGCAGUAUCAACCAGUCCAAACGGCCUUCCAACUCUGGCAGCCGGGUUUCAGAACGUUUGCGAGCAGGACAAUGGAACCGCAGCCCAUCCCAGCCCAGUGGACAGAACACGGGCAACCGAAAUGCAGGCGGUGAACGACGCAACAAGCGAUUGUCUUCGGUGUUUGACGAUUCUUCAGCAUCUCUUCAAUCGCCUUUCUCUAGGGGCACACGUGUCAAGAGCUUCGGCAAAGGAGCACGAAAAGUGCCAGCACCGAUGCCAAGCACAGACUGGAACAGCCCCUUCUUUUCCAAGCCUGGCUUUGAGCGUCUUGUAGCUCAGGCUCCGCGACCUUCUUCGAUCUUUGCACCGGAUCUCGCUUUAGUUGCACCUUCAACACAAUCAUCUGGUGGCAAAGGCAAGGGCAAGACUGCUGCGCCGACCAAAGUCGCACACGCCAAACUCAACCUUCCCGGCAUCAAGACUGCAGUCAACGCUCUCAAGCUUCACAUUCGAGCAGGAGGACGAAACAUCUUGGGACCAACCAAUAACCCCACCGCUGUAGCAGUCGGCCACACCUCGCAGAACCAAGUCGCACUCCUGCGAUCAUCAGAAUUGGAAGGUAGCGACAACAAGCCGUUGGCAGCAGAGUUGAAGGCAGCCAGGAUCACAUUGCAGAACGAACAGAUCGGCGGCUCGUACGAACGAUUUGAACCAGAGUCGGUGCUCAAGGCCGCCGGUGUCUCGCCCAACACAAAAGGAGCUUCGACACAGACAAAGGCUGUACAGGAUGCAGCACAAGCGCUUGCAGUCAACCCGGACCUGGCACCAGAAGGCAAGGACUUUGUGGCAAAGAUGAUUGCCGAGCGGCUUGGCGCUUAG